UACAACCUAUUGUACCAAGAUCUGAAGAGGUUUUCCAAAAAUGGGGAGCAUUUCUGCAAGGAGCUCAUGACAGUAUUUCAGCAAAGGUAUGGUCAAUGUAAUGUUAUGUCUUUGCAUACACAACUCCUUGAGAAUAUCCUUUAGUGAGGUCAUUUAUUUGAGCAUAUUAUGCCAUCUCAGAUUGGAAAAGUAAAACACUUUUGAUGCUGGACCGCACAUAUUCUUUUUUUGUUACGUACCAACACAUCCAUUCAGAACUGCAUGCUGAAGUCCUAACUUCCGGAUUGAAUUUGGAUUACCUGUAGUCACUGUUUCACCUCAGUGUGAAAAAAGUAACGGGCCUUGAUGACAUUUCUCAGUGACUAGGGCUGAGCUGGAAAUCAGUUAUGCCAAGGGACUGCAGAAGUUUGCUGGGAAACUCCUCAAGGCAUCCAAGGUGAUGAAUGACAAGUGAGUUGGGUACCUUUUCUAUAAAAUAUCAACUGUAAGUGGAAGUCAUGUGCCAAUGUAAUAGUGCUCUAAUCUCUCUCUCUAAUCUGCAUGUUGUUGUUUUCAUUUCCAUGAAGUUCCACCUACCGAGCAUGGUGCCAUGUAUCUGAUGAAAUGUACUCAACAGCAGACACACACAGGUAUUACACGCAUUACCUUAUGACCUUAACAUAAUAUAUCAUAUUAUGACAUUAUUAUGAGCCUUUCCUGUAGUAAAUAUGUUGUUGGAUAUUUUGUAGUCUGAGAUAAUGUUUUGGUUUUAGAGCGCUAGGAAGUGCUUUUCAGGAAGAAGCCAUUUUAGAAAUUCGACAAGUCAUAGAGGUGCACAACAAGAGGAAGAGACCUGUAAGUAAUUUGGACCAUUUAUUCCUACCAACACAUCACUCUACAUCACUCUACAUCAUUCUACAUCACUCUACAUCACUCUACAUCAUUCUACAUUGAGACAUAUUAUUCUUAUCCCUUUCUUGAAUAGCUUGAUAAUGUUGUUGAGAAAACCGGAAAACUUGUUGUGACUAACUGGAGUGAACAAAUCAAGGUAAGCCUUCCUUAAAUUUUUUGCAAACCUUUAAUUUUAAUUUUAAUUUAACCUUUAUUUAACUAGGCAGGUCAGUUAAGAACAAAUUCUUAUUUACAAUGACUGCCUACCAAAAGGCAAAAGGCCUCCUGCGGGGAUGGGGGCUGGGAUUAAAAAUAAAAAUAUAGGACAAAACACACAUCAUGACAAGAGAGACACCACAACACUACAUAAAGCGAGACCUAAGACAACAACAUAGCAUGGCAGCAACACAUGACAACACAGCAUGGUAGCAACACCACAUGACAACAACAUGGUAGCAACACAACAUGGCAGCAGCACAACAUGGUAGCAGCACAAAACAUGGUACAAACAUUAUUGGGCACAGACAACAGCACAAAGGCAAGAAGGUAGAGACAACAAUACAUCACGUGAAGCAGCCACAACUGUCAGUAAGAGUGUCCAUGAUUGAGUCUUUGAAUGAAGAGAUGGACAUAAAACUGUCCAGUUUGAGUGUUUUUUGCAGCUCGUUCCAGUCGCUAGCUGCAGCGAACUGGAAAGAGGAGCGACCCAGGGAUGUGUGUGCUUUGGGGACCUUUAACAGAAUGUGACUGGCAGAACGGGUGUUGUAUGUGGAGGAUGAGGGCUGCAGUAGGUAUCUCAGAUAGGGGGGAGUGAGGCCUAAGAGGGUUUUAUAAAUAAACAUCAACCAGUGGGUCUUGCGACGGGUAUACAGAGAUGACCAGUUUACAGAGGAGUAUAGAGUGCAAUGGUGUGUCCUAUAAGGAGUAUUGGUGGCAAAUCUGAUGGCCGAAUGGUAAAGAACAUCUAGCCGCUCAAGAGCACCCUUACCCGCCGAUCUAUAAAUUACGUCUCCGUAAUCUAGCAUGGGUAGGAUGGUCAUCUGAAUCAGGGUUAGUUUGGCAGCUGGGUUGAAAGAGGAGCAAUUAUGAUAGAGAAAACCAAGUCUAGAUUUAACCUUAGCCUGCAGCUUUGAUAUGUGCUGAGAGAAGGACAGUGAACCGUCUAGCCAUACUCCCAAGUACCUGUAUGAGGCGACUACCUCAAGCUCUAAACCCUCAGAGGUAGUAAUCACACCGGUGGGGAGAGGGGCAUUCUUCGAACCACAUAACCUUUGUUUUGGAGAUGUUCAGAACAAGAGGGAGGGGCCAGCUGAGUAUAAGACUACAGUGAGGGAAAAAAGUAUUUGAUCCCCUGCUGAUUUUGUACGUUUGCCCACUGACAAAGAAAUUAUCAGUCUAUAAUUUUUAUGGUAGGUUUAUUUGAACAGUGAGAGACAGAAUAACAACAAAAAAAUCCAGAAAAACGCAUGUCAAAAAUUUUAGAAAUUGAUUUGCAUUUUAAUGAGGGAAAUAAGUAUUUGACCCCUCUGCAAAACAUGACUUAGUACUUGGUGGCAAAACCCUUUUUGGCAAUCACAGAGGUCAGACGUUUGUUGUAGUUGGCCACCAGGUUUGCACACAUCUCAGGAGGGAUUCUGUCCCACUCCUCUUUGCAGAUCAUCUCCAAGUCAUUAAGGUUUCGAGCCUGACAUUUGGCAACUCGAACCUUCAGCUCCCUCUUGAGCCACUCCUUUGUUGCCUUGGCCGUGUGUUCUGGGUCAUUGACAUGCUGGAAUACCCAUCCACGACCCAUUUUCAAUGCCCUGGCUGAGGGAAGGAGGUUCUCACCCAAGAUUUGACGGUACAUGGCCCCGUCCAUCGUCCCUUUGAUGCGGUGAAGUUGUCCUGUCCCAUAGGCAGCAUUCCUCCUACUCCAAACACGGCGAGUUGAGUUGAUGCCAAAGAGCUCCAUUUUGGUCUCAUCUGACCACAACACUUUCACCCAGUACUCCUCUGAAUCAUUCAGAUGUUCAUUGGAAAACUUCAGACGGGCAUGUAUAUGAGCUUUCUUGAGCAGGGGGACCUUGCGGGCGCUGCAGGAUUUCAGUCCUUCACGAUCUUGCAUGGAGCCCCAGGAGAUUGAUAGUUAUUUUGUGUUUCUUCCAUUUGCGAAUAAUCGCACCAACUGUUGUCACCUUCUCACCAAGCUGCUUGGCGAUGGUCUUGUAGCCCAUUCCAGCCUUGUGUAGGUCUACAAUCUUGUCCCUGACAUCCUUGGAGAGCUCUUUGGUCUUGGCCAUGGUGGAGAGUUUGGAAUCUGAUUGAUUGAUUGCUUCUGUGGACAGGUGUCUUUUAUACAGGUAACAAACUGAGAUUAGGAGCACUCCCUUUAAGAGUGUGCUCCUAAUCUCAGCUCGUUACCAGUAUAAAAGACACCUGGGAGCCAGAAAUCUUUCUGAUUGAGAGGGGGUCAAAUACUUAUUUCCCUCAUUAAAAUGCAAAUCAAUUUAUAAAAUUUUUGACAUGCGUUUUUCUGGAUUUUUUUGUUGUUAUUCUGUCUCUCACUGUUCAAAUAAACCUACCAUUAAAAGUAUAGACUGAUCAGUUCUUUGUCAGUGGGCAAACGCUAUAUAGGAUAUCUUCUGAUGUGAUCAAAGCAACAAUAUUGUUUCAUAUUGAGGUCAUUUACAAUUGAAGUUUCCUGGCUGCAUAUCAGUUCAAAAUAAAGAUAAAUCCAGGGGGUACUGUAUUGAUCAGUCAAUCAAGUCUAAAUUAAAUUAACUCUAAAUUAACUCUACUUCCUUGUACAUUUCUGAGACGUUACAUUAUUUGGUUGAUUACAUAAAUCAAAGAAAAUUAUUGGUUAAGAAUAUUGUUUAUACAUUUUCCCUCACAGAUUAAGAAGAAAUUGGUUGGAAUGACAAAAGACCACGAGGCCCUGUUCAACUUUGUUGAAAAGAAUACACUCAUUUGCACAGAGAAAAAACUAACAGAAGGUACUGCACUGAAUAUGUAUUGUAUGAUGUAUGUAUGUUAAUGAAAACGGACAUUCUCAAUGUAAUAAAAGUUUAAAAAAGAUGACUUGAUCUGUUGUUGACUAGAUGAUGAACCGACUGACAAAGUCUGCUGAGGCCCAGACGAGAGCAGAUGAGAAGUACUUCAACAUCAACAUGGAUGGCCAUCAAAUCAGACUAAAGUGGGAAAACACGCUGAAAAACUGCUACCAGGUUCUGACCAAUCACUACAGUACAUUUGUUCCAAAACCAUUUGUAUUGAGAAAAGAUACUGCUGGUCUAGAGAAGGGGUCAAUACAGGUCACCCAACAAGUUUAGAUUUGCAGAGUUUAGUUGUAUUGUACGGCUCCUCUCCAAGUUAGAGAGAGUCAGGUUUUGAGUUUUGCAGCAUUCAUAUUGUGUGGCUGCUAGACUAACUUUAUCAUUUCAGAUAAUCCAGGAGCUUGAGAAACAGCGGAUAGAAGUUCUGUGCAACAUACUGAAUGAAUAUAACCUCCACAUGGCAAGCUUCGGACAGACCUUCGUACAUGUGAGCGUUCUUCCCAAAAUGACCCUAAUUACAACCCUGUGACAAAAACUGUAUCAUUCAUUAUCCUCUUGUAUGACUUACAGAGCCAGAAACAAAGAGAGCAAGCCAUCCAGAGAGUUGAUUUGGAGAAGGAUAUCCAACGUCUGGUGGAGGAAACCAGUGUAACAGCAGAGGACAACAAGGCUGAGUUUCUGAUGGCUGAUAAUUUUGUAAGGGUCAAUUUUGUUCACAUAAUUGUACAGUAGAUUUGUACUUGUAAAUAGUUCUGGGAUUGGUGUGAUUUUGCCUGACAUUACACAGUGCCUGACCCCGAAUGACUUAUGUUAAUCAGGAGGAGGACAGUAAGUCAUUGAUGGAAAUAGACAGAAGAAGAGAUGCCAUCAAAUCCAGACUCCAGCGGCUGGAGGACAGUAUCACGAAAACAAAGAAAGACUAAGACUGUGAUGGUAAGUGUUGAAAAAUGAAAGCAAAGAAUUCCACUGGAAAUAAUACAUUUCUGAGUGAAACCUUUUUGUUUCAUGUGUUUAAAUGUCUUCCAAUAUCCAAUGAAUAAUAGGUCUUGAGAGACUGGUGAAGACCUACUCUGAAAACCCAUCGUUCUCAAACAAAAAGAACCUGGAAUACACGGAACAGUUGCUUGAUGAGGACAUUUACAUACUGCAAUAUACGCUUAAAAAAAUAUUUGUUCAUCUAUUAUUUGUUCAAAGGGCCUUUGUUGCCACAAAGUUGGAAGCACAGAAUCGUCUAGAAUGUCAUUGUAUGCUGUAGCGUUAAGAUUUCCCUUCACUGGAACUAAGGGGCCUAGGCCGAACCAUGAAAAACAGCCCCAGGCCCUUAUUCCUCCUCCACCAAACUUUACAAUUGGUACUAUGCAUUCGGGUAGGUAGCGUUCUCCUGGCAUCCGCCAAACCAAGAUUUGUCCGUCGGACUGCCAGAUGCGCAUGGUGAUCUUGUGUGCUGCUGUUCGGCCAUGGAAACACAUUUCAUGAAGCUCCCGACGAACAGUUCUUGUGCUGACGUUGCUUCCAGAGGCAGUUUGGAACUCGUUAGUGAGUGUUGCAACAGAGGACAGACGAUUUUUACGCACUACGCGCUUCAGUGGUCCCAUUCCGUGCGCUUGUGUGGCCUAACACUUCGCAGCUGAGCCGUUGUUGCUCCUAGACAUUUCCACUUCACAAUAACAGCACUUACUGUACAGUUGACCGGGGCAGCUCUAGGAGGGCAGAAAUUUGGCGAACUGACUUGUUGGAAAGGUGGCAUCCUAUGACGGUGCCACGUUGAAAGUCACUGAGCUCUUCAGUAAGGCUAUUCUACUACCAAUGUUUGUCUAUGGAGAUUGCAUGGCUGUGUGCUCGAUUUUAUACACCUGUCAGCAACGGGUGUGGCUGAAAUAGCCAAAUCAAUUAAUUUUGUGUAUAUAUAGUGUAGAUUCAUAAUCAAAUUGCGUUUGUCAGGGCAUUGUACAAAUUCAUUCUAGCCUAUAUUAUAUAAUUUACAACAUAUACAGUUCAUUCAGAUUUAGACAGCACAAACACCAUGGCAUAACCUUUUUGAUGACACAAAAGACUAUAUGCAAUUUAACAUGUUAAUAUACAUCCUAACCAGAUUAUGUCCUGUUUUCAAAGGAUUGUGAGCACAGUAUUAUUCAAUUGGCCCAUCCAGUCAAAAUCAGAAAGACAACAUUAAGAUCGCGUUUGAGGAGCUCCAUCAUUUACAAAGGACCCUCUCAGAGUGUGACAUCAGCAGAGGCCCCAGUGAAAGCAAACCAUGUCUUGACUGCUGUCAUUCAAGAUAGAGCCACACUCUCCUGGAGCUGCAGUGUUGAUGGAGCCAUGGCCAAGACUGAUGAUGAGGAAGGUGACACCGAUACACAUGUACGAUCACAAAGAUUUAUCAUUCCGAUCUUGCCCUAA